AUUCAACAUCAUCCACUCAGUUGCCUUCCCCUCACCUGCACUUCUCGGUAGGUAGGUGACCACUUCUUGCUCGUUUUGUUUCUGCAUCGUUCUAGCAAGCCGAGACGGAACCGAAUCGAUACAAUUGACGAAUCUUCUUUUUAACACAACACUUGCCCUCUUCUGCUCCCAACCCAUCUUCUCUCCUUCCCACUCCCGUCUUCUCUGUUUCUUCUGGAACAUAUCAUCAUUCAUCCAACGCUCGAACGGCUGCGGUGAUCCAAGCACAAACGCAAAGUCCACUCCUUCCCCGCCACCCGAACCGGCAUUAUCAAUCAUCCAAAAAAAAAGUCCAGUCCGCGCUCUACAACUCCCUGCCACUUACCAUUCCAACUCCCAACUAUCGCCGCCCACCAUGGCUUUCGCGAAUGCAUUCUAGAGGGUGGUCCAGUCGUUGCGCAUUCAGUACUCACGAUGGGACCACCCUCUCAGAGUUCUGCGUACUCAACCACACACACAGCCUAGACAUACUACUUAUCAUCGACGCAUCGAGCUUAAAGCCAAGAGUCAGAAGAAACUGAACCAUCUCAGAACCGAUCUUUUAUCCUUCCAGAUUCCUACAACAUCCACUUACAUUCAUCUCCCACCCUUCCCAAACCCUUGACAUUCAACAUUUGCCACUUCGCGUUCCGAAGGCACAGUGGCGCCAGUCAGCCCUACAGACUGCUUAUUCGUGUUUUGCCAGGAUCGCGAUAUCAUAAUCACCACUACUUCUACUUACCGUAUCUCUCAACCUUCUCUUCGCUUGCCCUGUCGUUAGACGACGAUCUACACCACAAUGCCUCGCAAAGCCACCCAACAACUAGUGGGGCGUAGAAUCACCACGAGGACGUCCCGUACCGUCGCGACCGUCGUGGACAAUUCGCUUCAUGCUCCCCCGACCCCGAUCCCCUCUAAUCUCAAUACUCCGCUGAGUUCUGCCUAUCCGUCGACUUAUGCCUCCGAGGCUGAGGGGGACGUUGACGGAGAGGUUGAAGGGGGGGUUGACGGACAAGUCGAUGAGGAUGUUACCAAAGCCAUGGGCGCAUUAACCUUGGCUGGCUCUGUCGAAGCGACUGGUGAAGCUUCUGCCCCCCCAAAGCCUCUCUCCCGACUAGCCAGAAGGAAACAAAAGCCGUUUCCCUUCCUAGAGUUGCCGGCCGAACUACGAGUUAAGAUCUACGAAUACUUCUUCGACGACACCCACUACGUCCUCGACCUAGACCCGGACAAUUACAGGCGCAUUCACAAGAAGCUGGGCUUCUUGCGCACCUGUCGGACCAUCAGCCUCGAGGCCGGCUACCUAUUCUAUAGCACACACACCUUCCGCAUCUUCCCCACCCAUCCGGGCAAACACUUCAAGACCAAGAAGCCUCUGCUUGCCCGCAUGAGCGCCCGCCAGCGCUCCUGGAUUACCAGUCUCGAGAUGCGCCUCGGCCCCGGCUGGAACAAGCCACCGCGCGGCUGGGUUGUCAACCCAGCUCUGGGAUUGCACGAGUGCACCAGCGUGCGCAAGCUGACCGUCUUUGUCGAGUGCGACCCCAGCGACGGCAUUUUUAAUGGCUUCCGUCGCGCCGACGACUUUUACGAGGGCUUCUCCCGUGGUCUGCUGACGGACGUGCUCACCGAAAUGCCCUUUGUCGAACACGUUACCUUUGACGCGUGGAGCAGCGUCCGGAAGAAGGGCGCCAUGAUGCGCGGGCUAAUCAAUACAGCGCUGUCGCAUGGGAAGCAGAUUCUGUGGGGGCCCGAGAGAGGCUGGACUGAUUUGGAUAAUGAAGAGGAUAUUGUGGUCCCUACGAACGACAUGGUGGCUACCGCACUGCUUAAUGGCGUCGGUAUGGACGUUGUCAUCGUUGCUUGACGUAUCCACGCAGCGGGUCAACACUGAAGGGUAUGAUGAUAGUAGUCUGGGAGCAUAAUGGGUUGGGACAGGCGUUCUUGGGUUAGUUUGGGAAUGCAUUGCGAACUGCUUUUAUCUGGAAGUUGUACAAUAUGAAGAGCGCAUCAUGACGUCGCUACUCAGUCUAUCGGGGUACGUUAAAGUGUGUUUAGUCCCUAUUACGAGCCGAGAGCUACUUGACUCGCAUUUCUGAAGACUCUGGCCGAUGGAUCGAGUCCUAUCUCGUAAAGUCAUCUGAUGUUCCCAUAUAUACCUUGUGACAAGCAAAGCGUUCUGUAGACGAACAGACUGGAGCCUCAGCCCAAGAUAUCUGCA